AUGCAAUCGCCACUUGAGACUCAGCAGCCGGAGAGAUGUUGUCGGCCGACGACCUCGAUUGUAAUUGCGGAGCACGGGUUGUGUGAUAAGACAGCAAGUGGAAAAAGAACUGGAUCAAGCGGAAAGACCAAGAAAACAAGAGGCGGUAAGGAAGAUACUGAUUCCGAUGAAGCAGAUUUUUGGAUGCUUAAGUCAAGUUCUGGUUCAGAGUCAGAGCACGAGGGUGAUGAAGAAAAUUGCAAAGGUUCUCAUUGUGAUGCCAAAGUAUCCGACGAGCUCUCAGAGAGAACAAAGAGAAUGUCAAUAGAGAUUCGGACCAAGUAG